UUACUAUGUCGUGACUUAGAUAAUAAUAACAAUAAUUGAACAUUUUUGAAUUGAAUUGGAGUCGUUACCAUGGACUGGACACCUUUUAUCAGGUGACAAUAGAUUAGGUUUCCGAAGUAUUUUCGAUAUUUGUUUCUUUGGACCGCCUAAUGUUCUAAGAACUAAAACAAUUUCCAAGAGAUUCAAAUUUGAUUUCAAUGUUGGCGCUAUUUCGAAUGAAAGAAGUGAACUGGUUAACGUUUGAUUGACAGAGGUUUUGUUAUUAUUCAGUGAAGACGGACAGAAAGGGACAGAUGGUUUUCCAAUAUUUUAAUUAUUAUCGCAACUAGCGAGACGAAUAUAAACUGUCUGUGCUGCUGUUAGCUGACAGUUGUAUUUACAUAUAAAUUGCAAGAAACGGUUCUGUUGCACUUUAAAUUACAAAUACCUGCAAAUAUUUGUGUGAAGACCGUGUCUAGUAAUACUCUGAUUCAGUGAAAAAUGAUAAAUGCAAUUAGGAACUUCAAUAUCGUCUGUGUCAGCAAGAGAUUCGUGCUAUUUGGAAGGAUUUUAUGAAUGAAAAAGUUGUUACAGUGACACCAAACACAACUCGUUUAAUCUUCAGAGUCCAAAGUCUAAUCGCGAUUGGUUUUUGUCAUACGUCUAUCAAUAACGUAAGAUGAUCUCGUCACAAAGCUCGCCCCAGAUAACACUCAAUCAGGGUACAGUGAUUGGAGUUGAAGAAAAACUACCGAAUGGUAAUGCCUAUUACACCUACAAAGGUAUACCGUACGCAGAGCCACCACUAGGAAAGCUUCGUUUCAAGGAUCCCAUUCCCUUAUCGAAGUUCUCAGAAAACAUCCUCGACUGUACGAAAGAGAGAGACGUUUCGCAUCACAAGGACCUGGUCAGUGCUGAAUACGUUGGAUCAGAAAAUUGUCUACAUCUAAAUGUUUAUUCGCCACUACCGCCAAGAGAUUCCAGCAUCAACACCAGUAAAUUGGCUGUCCUAGUUUGGAUCCAUGGCGGUGCCUUCAUGUCCGGCUCCGGAAAUACUGACUACUACUCUCCCGAGUAUUUAGUGCAAGAAAAUGUGGUGGUUGUGACAUUGAAUUACCGGCUUGGAGUAUUAGGAUUUCUGUGUCUGCCGGAAGCAGGUGUGCCUGGAAAUGCAGGACUGAAAGAUCAACUAGAAGCCUUGAAGUGGGUGAAUAGAAAUAUUUCUAAGUUCGGUGGAGAUGCGAGCAAUGUGACGUUAUUUGGAGAAUCGGCAGGAGCUGGAUCAGUAGGACUACAUAUGUUAUCAGACAAGUCACGGAAAUAUUUUCACAAAGCCAUUUGUCAAAGUGGAUCUUCAUUACACGAAUGGCUCAUUCAACCGGAUCCGGUGGGGAAAUCAAAAAGAAUUGCUGAACUGUUGGGUUUUGAGGGUGGUUCACAAACCGAAACUUUAGACUAUUUACAAGGCGUAGAAGAUUUGAACGGUUUCCAGAAGCACUUUGGUAAUGUGUUAAGUGCAGAUGAGAAACGUCGAGGACUUCCUUUGUGUUUCAAGCCGUGCAUAGAAAUAGACACGCCCAAUGCAAUCCUAACCAAGUCACCAUUAGAACUAAUGAAUCGACCAAAUUCCGUCCAAAUACCAGUUAUGAUCGGUUACAAUUCUGCAGAAGGCAUCAUCACUCUACUGGACAUUUACAAAAAAUUUGACGCGUACGACAAAGAUAUUGGCAGAAUGAUACCUAGAUCGUUGAACGUACCAAACGACUCGUCCAGCCAACCGGAAUCACUAAAAUUGGCCGAAUUGAUUCGCAAAUUUUAUUUUGAUGGACAAACGAUAUCCAAGGAAUUGCUCAGUGAAAUGUCAGAUCUUCAAACUGAUUAUCAUUUUGCCAUUGGUGCCCAACUUUAUGCUGAGAUGCAUUGCAGACGGCAUCCGAAUUCCCCACUUUAUUUUUACCGAUUCGCCUACGACGGAAAGCUCAAUAUGUUCAAGAAGUUGCUAAUCGUACGACAAAAGGCCUUGAAACAGGUGAAAGGGGCUUGUCAUGGUGACGAACUAUUUUAUUUAUUCAAUCUGAAGAUUGUGGACAUCGAACGUUUGGAGAAAUCUGUUAGUACACGAGUGGCUAGCGAAAUGUGUAAAAUGUGGACGAAUUUCGCCAAAUAUGGAGAACCGACACCGUCAACAGAGACAUCACUAUCGGUAAAAUGGGAUCCGGUGCAACCGGCAAAGGAUGGCGAAAAGUUUGUGUUAGACUAUUUGGAAAUUGACGAAAGGUCACGGAUGUUAACUGACCCGGACAAUGAUCGGAUCACUUUUUGGAGAAAUUUGUAUGAAAAGUGGAAUGGCGGCUUUCUGAAACCGAAAUUGUAAAUUGUUGGUGCUGUUUAAUGGGACUAUUUAAUAAAAAAGUUAAAGAAUUCACGUACUCCUAGUCGAA